AUUAGUUUAACACUUUAACCUCAAAACUCAAAACCCUCACAGUUCUCUUUCUCUUCUUUGCGCCUCUCAUUCUUGGAUUCACUUUCUGGGGUUUUACCUAAUUUCCAUUCUUGAAAGGUUAUAAUGGCUGGUGUUCCUUCUGACCUUGAAAAAGAACAGAUAUUCUCUAUGGCAGAGAAAGAGAUGGAGUAUAGAGUGGAGAUGUUUAACAAGCUUACGCAUACAUGCUUCAAAAAAUGCGUCGAGAACAAGUACAAGGACUCGGAGUUGAACAUGGGUGAAAAUAGUUGUAUUGACCGAUGUGUUUCAAAGUACUGGCAGGUGACUAACCUAGUGGGGACGCUUCUUGGGAACACUCGACCCAUGUAACAUUUUCCCAUUGUCUACUUCGUGGUGUUGGAAUAAUCUAUCAGGCAGAACAGCAAGGAAGAAAUUGAUAAUCCUUUUCUUUAUACUGCGAAGAUGUUGCCUCUUUGAACAAAUUUUACGAUAUUUAGAAGUAUAUUUCAAUUUUACUCCUUGACAGUAAAGAUGAUCUGAACCAAUGUGUAAUGGCUAUUGAUGAUUUUUUGUGAUACAAUAGGAAAAUUUCAGCUUCUGGCCAAAAUGUUAGAUUUUGAUGUUGCAAGAAUGAAUUUCACAGUUUUUGGUCAUUA